AUGGGGAAGGACAAACAAUUUUUACAACAAAAUAUUAUUAAGACCAUAGAUAUUUAUAUUGGUAAAUGUGUUGAGCCAAAAGAUAUUCAUAGCUUAGAUGAAAUUUUAUUACCAGUAGAUGAACUACAAUUUUAUUUAUAUAAUCCAGAAAUAGCUCUAGAUCUCAAUCCAAAUAAUAUAAAUUAUAAUUUUAUUGUUGACACAAUGGGAAUUAAAGAAAUAUUGGCAAGAAAUGUAAUGGGAAACGAUCUUAAAUCUGAUGAAAUUGAUAUUAUAGACGUUGGAAUGUCAAAAAAUGAAUUCUCUGAAGUUUUUGAAUUUAUUCAAGCUUUCCAGAAACCAUACAAUACCACAGGUGAUCUAUCAUUAAAUCAUAAAACUCGUAAAGAUCAAAAGUGUUCACGCUGA